AUGUCGCAAACUAAGAUGCCAAUCGAAGAAGAUCUAGACUUGAUCAGCAAGUUACCAGAUGAGAUCCUCCAACAUAUACUCUGCUUUAAUAUCCCGACCAAAUUAGCCAUCACAACUUCCAUCUUGUCUAGACGAUGGAGGCAUGUAUGGUGCGAGUUACCUUCUCUCUCUUUAGAUGUGGAUACACUGACGAAGGCAGAUUCGGUAAAUGAAACCCUAACUCGCUACACAGCUCCCAAGACUAAGAGUUUUCACCUCACAAUAGAUUAUGAAAUGAAGAACAUGUCAUACAUCGACACAUGGAUCAAGUUUGCUAUGUCACACAACGUUGAGAAUCUGUCCCUUGAUUUCUCAAGUCAUUAUUAUUCUGAGUACAAGUUUCCUGAUUUCUUCUAUAGCAGUUCUUCUCUCAAGCAACUCGACAUUACGUUAAACUCUUACGGUAAGAUUGUUCCCGAGUGCACUGUGUCUUGGACAUCCUUGCAGAAGUUAUCAUUGACUUGUGAUAGUCUCUCUGAUGAAUCCAUGGCCAAGAUUCUAGCUGGUUGUCCCAUCCUUGAGAAUCUGUCCUUGAAUUUCAUUAGCCAAGAUCGUUAUUAUGGUUAUUAUGGUCGUCAUAAUGAUCACUAUUAUGAUCAAUAUAAGCUUCCUGAUUUCUUCUAUACCAAUUCUUCUGUCAAGGAACUCGACAUUACGUUAAGCUGUUACCAUACGGUUGUUCCUGAGUGCACUGUGUCUUGGACAUCCUUGCACAAGUUAUCCUUGAGAUUUUGUAAUCUCUCUGAUGAAUCCAUGGCUAAGAUUCUAUCCGGUUGUCCGGUUCUUGAAAAUUUAAACCUGUAUCACUGCGGAGGUACACUAAAUGUUCUUGAUCUCACCGAAUCUCCACGUCUGAGAACAUUGGAAGUAAUACUUAACAUAACGGUUCCGGGGCCAAGGCAGAUUGUGGCACCACACAUCCAUUAUCUUAAACUGUAUGACGCUCAGUUAUCAUGUACUUUGGUUGAUGUCUCUUCUGUAACCGAAGCUUGGAUGGAAACUUCUUGUGUCUCAAUGAACUCUGACUCCAAAGCUAAUUUUCUCCAAGUCAUGGUGUUAAAGAUGCUAGAUAAGUUAAAGAACGCAGAGAAACUUAAGCUUGGGAGAAACUUUAUUCAGAUUUUAUCCCUGGCUGAGAUUCGUGGUGUUCCUUUACCAAUGCUCAAAGUCAAAGCAUUGACUCUUGAUACGAAGAUCUGUCAGUAUGUUAUUCCUGGCAUAGAAAGGCUAUUAAAAAACUCACCUGAGUUAGAGAAGCUGACAGUAGGUGGAAAGCCUCGCUCCCGCGUGCAUGUGGAGUUUCUUGACAAAUACUUGGAAUUACAAGGCUUUAACGUGAACAAAUGCUGGAGAUCCAAAAAGGGAGCCACUUGGGGAGAGCACUGUGUGGAUGUGGAAUCUGAGCAUGUGGCUUCAGUAGUGGAACUUAUGCUUAGGAACCCUACAGAGAAAUUAGACAAGAUGGUCGUACUGUUGAAUGAACGUUACCUUAAGUUUAAAAUUGAAGACCUGACUGCAACACUUUGUCACAACAACAAUGUCACCAUUGUGCUCUUUUCCACCGAGGAUUGGUGAAAUCAUUAAGGGGUUAGAGUCUUUCAGUAUCAUUGAACAUUUAAUUUCUUUUUCUUUUGUAUAACUUGUGUACUUUGUACUUUAUUACUUGCGAUUGAAUUUGUACUCUAAGCAUGAAAUCAAACUCGAA